UGGAGUUAUGCAGUUGACACUGCGUAGGCUUGUUUUCGCUGGAGUUGUUGUGUACAGCAUAAUUACCUGUUACACAACGUUUAUUUUAUUAACUCGUGUGUCUGACACAUCAACAAACGGUUUUAAGAAGCCCAGGCCGCUGGCAAAAGACAGCAAACGUCACCAGGACAAUGAAGAAUGGAAUCCAUGGGGAGAAGAGCUGUUCCGAAAUGAGGCAGAUGAUAACAAAGAUGUGAAACCAAAGUUUAAAUGGAGCAGCAGUAAAAAGUUGGAUUUUGGGAAAAAAUUUAAUCCCAUUAAUGAAAGCGAUGGCUAUCAUUAUGUUGAAGUCUGGGGAAAAGCAGCAAUUGGUCAUUACUUUUGGGAGCACAUACUUGAAGGGAAACUAGAAUCCAAGAUGAAUGGCAUAUGGCAUUAUGGUUUUAAGAAAGAAAGGAAUAUCAAAUUCAAAUUUCGAACAGGACCCGGAGUGAUACCCAGUAAGGCGCCAGUUGACGUGCAAUAUCUUAUACUCCUUAUAAAUGGCAGAGCGCCAGAUAAAAUUGACUUCGCACAUCUUUGGUUGCAACAUCUCUCAACUUUGUCUGAACUUCAAAAGACGGCAGUCCUCUUACUGGGCAAUGAGCAAUGUGACAAUGAUUGGUUUUUACCAUACAUGAGACAGCACGGUGGAUUGGUGGAUCAUCUGUUUAUCGUCUAUGACAGUCCAAUGAUUGACAGCAUAUACAUUCACCCUUGGCCACUUGGAGUUGCCACAUAUCGUGGUUUCAACAAAAUUGAAGCUCUUACAACGGAACUGAAUUUUGGCAGAAAGUACAUGUGUAAUUUCAUGGGUACAGUCUAUGAUAAUUCGUCCAGACAGAUGCUCAUCAAAGUUUUAUCUGACAGUGAUUACAGUGACAGAUGUUAUAUGAAAACGAGACAAGCGUGGGAACCUAAUGAAACUGACGACAGUAGAACAAAAUAUGAACAGACUUUGUUAGAAAGUGAUCUGACAUUAUCUCCUGUUGGUGUGAAUACAGAAUGUUAUAGAAUAUAUGAAGCAUGUGCCUACGGAUCAGUUCCAGUCAUAGAGGACAUUAUGACAUCCGGACAGUGUGGAGACUCAAAUUACUGCCAAAAUUCACCACUUUGUCUUCUAAAAUCUACAAAUCCACCAUUUAUAUUCAUCAAACACUGGUCAGAACUGCCAGAAAUUUUAAGACUUGAAGAAAAACUAACUCUCAGUGAGAAAGUGGAGAGGAGAACUAAUUUAGUACAAUGGUAUAAAAAGUUUAGGUUGAAUUUAAAAAAUGGGUUCCUGGAUAUGCUUCAGAAAAGCUUUUUUGACAGUGUGACGUAA